CGAACACACCAGGUUUGCAGCAAGAUUACGCCAUAGCGAGCAGAGCAAAACAGUGACAGACAGUAUGUUAUUGUUUUUACUUUACGUACCAUGGACUUUUCAACCCACAGCAAUAACAAUAGCCCGGAAAGGGAAAAACUUGAGGGUGAUGCCAUAAACAUCCACACCGCCCAUUUUUUCUUUCAACUUCUGUCUUUGUUUUGCUACUGCCAGUCAGAAGUUAGAAAAAAAAUGCCGCUUGCGAAACUGUUUGGCAAUAAGCGAAAGGAGCGGACUGAAACCACCGUGAACGCCGAUCCUGCGCAUCUCCAUUCGUCCAUGGACAACGACCACUAUACACAAUUUGGGCCCAUGUCAGCAAGGGCCAAAUCGCCCUCGGACAUUCUGGACUUUUCUGGCUAUCCGAGGUUGGAGCCAACUUAUAGUAAUAAAAACUAUACAACGCAGCAGGUGCUACCCAAAGGGAAACCCCUUUCUACACUUCCUCUUCCUCCCGCAAAAGUUGACUCUGGAUCUCCGCCGCUGGCUAUGCCGAAACCGAAACAUGCAGUGCCGCCGGCCAAACAGGUUCUUAUUGGAGAAGAGGGCGACAAGACUGAGAUCGAAGGCGAAGGGAGACCGGUGUAUGAAACCUCCACCCAUUUGCCUCCAGGCAGGAGCUCGGCCUCCAGUACGGGGUAUAUGGGUGAGCGAGAAGACUCAUCGGAGCUCGAUGCUAGUCCCGAUAACAUCACCGCAUCCAUCAAGGGACAGCAAUUCAGUGACAAUGAAGGCUCUACAGGUCCUAGAUCCAACCGAGUGAGCCCAUGGCAGCAACAGGAAAGGGCAUCAAGGUCAUCCAACGAAGAAGGGAAGGGUGUUUUCUCUCAAAAAAAACCAUUGUUGGCUCCCCAAGCGGAACCGCCCCAUACCCCUCCCAGCAUGUUUGCUCCUUCGUCUUCCAACGUGUCUGUCAAAAAUAUCGCCUCGGAGUUACGGCCAUCCCUUCAACAGCCUCUCCCCCUUGUCCAUGAAGAAGACGAAGACUACGAUGAUAGUCCAAUUCUCGCAUCGUCCACCAAGAAUCCAACCGCCACUACCGUUGAAGACGGAUCACCUCCAACUCCAAACAGUCCGAUUUUAACUACCGUUGUACGCGAUAACUCUGGCCCUAAUUCGGCACCGUAUCCUAGUACGAGCCAUCAAGCAAGCCAUUCGCAAGGUUAUUCUAGUCCGGCUCAUUCUUACAUGGAGCUAGUAGAUCUUAGGCAACAAAUGUCGGCCAUCCGAUUGGAGCGUGAAGAAUGGAAGGAAAGAGAGAAUCAGCACCGAAAGCGAGAGCAAGAAAUGUUGGAUCAAAUUAAUCGCACUCAAGAACAACUUCAGCUCGCCUUGUCCAGUGGCGGCUUUCUGAGUGGAGGCAUUGACCCUAGACCUCAUACGCCAGAAGAUGAAUUGGUAAUGCUAAGCCCUGCUUCAAAGCCGAAUCAACUUGGCCCAGCCCUUGAAGAUGGGUCUGUCUCAGAUGAUAGAGAAUACUACUCUCUUCCGCCUUCCCGUACCAGACGUGAACGACAAGAGUUGAGUGAUUAUGUCGAUGAACCCAGCGAGUACAGUGAAGAAGAACCUCCUCGUGAAUAUCGCAGAAGUCGUCGUUCAUAUCAUGAAGAUGAUGAGGAAGAUGACCGUGAUUUCUUUUAUACCCCUUCGCCUAGGCGCUCUUCUUCACGUCAUUACGAGAGACCUAGAUCAUAUGAACCAGAAUAUGAAAGAAGACGACACCACCAUCGUUCAUAUACCCCACCUUCUUUGGAUUCGGACUUAUCUGGCGACUAUUCACCUGAAUUUAUUGGCUCGUAUUCCCGUCGCCGUGACGAUGACGACCGAUAUGAUUUCGUUGAUAUCCGUGGUCGUGAAUUGUAUUCUGAUGAAGAACUACCCGAAUUUGUUACCCCACGAUCCAGAUCAAGAACGCCAUCUCGUCGGUCGCUAAGCCGUAGUGGAAGUAUCAAUCGAAACGUAAGUCGUAGUGGUAGUCGGACUCGCAGCCGUUCAGCAAGCAGGAAUGAAAGUCGUAGUGGAAGUCGGUCGCAAAAUCGGUCUCAAGCUCCUUCUCGUAAUUCAAGCCACAACUUAUCUAGACGAUCCAGUUCUCGUCGCCAUUCCUCACAUCACGCUCCGGAAGACUACUAUGAACAAGAAUUGUACUCGGUACCUCGUAACUCAAGCCGCAAGCAUAGACGAACUCGAUCGUCUGGGUCCAUGAGAAUGCCUCCACCUCACCCUGCUGAUAUGCAUUUCGCAGAUUGGCCAGAUAUGCAUGAAUCCUUUUAUCCCAUGCCUGAACCUCAUUUUCCUAUGCAUCCACCUUUCCAUGGCAUGCAGCAUCCAGCUAUGGCAUCUCAUAUGAGCUUGCCAGAACUUGGCAUGGGUCAUGAACCACCACAACAAGCCCCUCCGCCACCACCCCCGCAAGCUCCAGCAAAUAACGCACCACAACAAGCUCAACAGGAUACAGGUCGACCUAAUAUGGCGAAUGAAGGAUCUAUGUCUAAAGAUGGGCCCCGUGGAAUACUUAGGAAACCUUCAGGUUCACUUCAUUCCAUGACUCCUCAGCAUUUACCACCUCAGCAUGGGCCUCAACAUCAUCCGUUCCCUAUGCAGCAUUUUGGUCCUCCUCCACCGCAUAUGAUGGGACCAAUGUCUCACCAUGGACCGUUUCCAUCGCCUGGUAUGGGUCAUCCGCACAUGGGAUUCCCUCCACCGCCUCAUGGUAUGUUUCCUCAAGGUGGACCACCACCGUGGCAUGGAGGUGGCCAACAACCCAUGCCUAUGCAAGGUGGACCUAUGGGACCUCCCGGCAGGCCAAGUAGAAAAAGUUGACUCCUAAUGGUGUCCAUGAAACACCGGGUAUCGUUCGGUAUUGUUGAUCCGUCAAGCAGAAUUCAGUUUGUUCCCCGCCAGCAAGGCAACCAAUUCAUGACUGGAAUUCACGUCACCAUACCGGAUCGGAAGAAAAAGAAGAGAGCUAACAAUGAUACCCCUAG